AUGGCUCGACCUCGAGCUGAUACCGGGAAUUUCCCGAAGGAGCCGCACUCCGUGUCGUUGAAAGUUCUAAGGCUCUCCCGUCCCUCCCUGGCGCUGCAACAUCCUCUGUCGCGAGAGAGCGACGCCGAAAUCCCCCAUGUGGCAUCCCUGGCAUACCCGUCUGAGGCGGUCGACCAGGAGUUCAUCCUAUCCAACAACCUGGCUCUGCCGCCUUCAUUUGGCUCCGCCCACGUCGGCGAGACUUUCUCUUGCGUCUUAUGUGCCAAUAACGAACUCUUGCCGAGCAACACCUCCAAGACAGCUUCCGGAACCAAAAUCCUUGCAGAAAUGCAAACGCCAUCCCAGGCAGUGCCCCUAGACCUUCACACGGCCGGCACACCAGAAGAUGACCAAAGCGGGCCUGGUUCCGCGUUGCAAAGAAUUAUCCGGUUUGACCUAAAGGAAGAAGGCAACCACGUUCUUGCCGUCAACGUUACCUAUACAGAAACAAUAGCAGGUGAUGGCCAGGCAACCAGCGGGCGAGUGAGGUCGUUUCGAAAAUUGUACCAGUUCCUCGCUCAGCCGUGUCUGAGUGUGCGGACCAAGGCCACCGAGUUGAGCCCGAUCGAGGUCCUCGAUAAGACUCACGGGCCAUAUGGCAGAACGACUUUGGUUCGAUAUGCGUUGGAAGCUCAAUUGGAAAAUGUUUCGGACACAACGAUUGUGCUGGAAGAGAGCAAGCUUCAACCAAAAGCGCCAUUCAGGUCGACCCCUCUCAACUGGGAUUCUGAAAAGGGUAGUGGACUUACGCCGCACAAUCCCAUUAUCAACCCUCGAGAUAUCAUUCAAGUUGCUUUUGUUGUAGAACAGGUGGAAGGGCUGCAGGAAGGAGUGGAAGAACUCAAGAACAGUAUGAGACGGGACGGCAGGGCGGUCCUUGGCCAGCUUGCGAUCCAAUGGCGCAGUUCCAUGGGGGAGCGUGGUUCUCUCAGCACUGGCAACCUCUUGUCUCGUCGUAGGGCGGUAUAA